AUGGCCUCCGUUGCACGGUCCCUGGGCCGGUCGGCUCUGUUUCUGGCCCGGAGAGGCCCCAUGACUAUCCCGUUCCGCUCGUUUGGCGCUUCUCCCUCGCGCCUCCUGCCCGAAGACCCGCCAAUUCCGCCUGCUCCCCGGGAACCUCGUCCGGAGGACUUGCCGCCUAUGCCGGAGUACUCGCCCGAUCUCCUGACCAAGGAGGAGCGCUCCAUGUACGAAAUGAUGUCUCCCGAGGAAAAGGCGCAGUUCGACGCCGAGAACCGUCGCAUUGUGGAGGAAUUCAACGACCCGGUGAAACGGGCGGCCGCGUUCGCCGAGAUUGAGAAAUCCGUAUCGCAAUUGGAGAAGGACGAGCCCAUGCGGUUCGAAGAUGUGCGCGAGAAACGGGCCGGCUUCUGGGCCGAGGAAGAAGACGAUGAGUUCGGUCUUGUGGAGGAUGCGGACGAGGACUUUAACGACGACGAAAUUACCUCCAUGGCCCAUGCGGAGGUCGAAUUACACCGUGAAAUCAGAGAAUACGCCCGGAUUGCGGCCUGGGAUAUGCCAUUCUUGAGCAAUCUGGCUAAGCCUUUCUCCCUCCCGCCUGAAACGCACCUCCUCCGUUUCCGCUACACCACGUACAUGGGCGAGCAGCAUCCGGCCGAGAACAAGGUCGUCGUCGAGCUGAGCACCAAGGAUUUGACCCCGAAAUAUCUCUCCGAGGCGCAGCGUCAGACCUUCCUGAAACUGGUCGGCCCGCGGUACAACCCCGACACGGACAUUGUCCGCAUGUCAUGCGAAAAGUUCGCCUCGCGGGCCCAGAACAAGCGGUACCUGGCCGACAUCGUCAAUGACCUGAUUAAGGAGUCCAAAGAAGGCGACGCGUUUGCCGAUGUGCCUCUUGAUCUCCGCCACCACAAACCGAAGAUCAGACACCGCUUCCCCGAGUCGUGGGUGAUGACCGAAGAGCGGAAGAAGCAGCUCGAGGCUCGACGAGCGGAAAGGAAGCUCCGUCAACAAGAAGGACAGGGAGUUAUCGAUGGCAAGACGGUCAUUGCCCAGGCCACCAAGAGCCUGCCCUCUUUGAACCCGGCGUUGAACGCCAAGGCCACCGAGGAGCGGGAGAAGGUCGCCGUCAAGGUUUCCGCCAAAGCACAGAAGAAGAGAUUACGCUAA